AUGAGGGAUAGUUCAGCAUCCAGCUCAGCUGCUUCAUCAGUGACAGAUCUGUACUGCACCCCCUCCAGCAGUAGGUCACACCUUCUCCUGAGCACAGCAGGAGACUUCAGCUUGAGGGCCAGCUUAUCAGCUUGUAUGAGGCUUUAUGAGGGUGCAGUAGAGCCCAUGCAGAUUGACGUAGAUCCACAAGAAGAUCAGCAAAAUGCACCUGAUAUCAACUAUGUGGUCGAGAACCCCACUCUGGAUUUGGAGCAGUAUGCGUCCAGCUACAGUGGUCUGAUGCGAAUUGAGCGGCUGCAAUUUAUUGCUGAUCACUGCCCACAGCUGCGGGUGGAAGCUCUCAAGAUGGCACUGUCAUUUGUCCAGAGAACUUUCAAUGUUGAUGUGUACGAAGAAAUCCACAGAAAGUUAUCUGAAGCCACCAGAGAACUGCAGAAUACACCUGAUGCUGUCCCUGAUAGUGGAAUAGAAGCCCCACCUCUUGACACAGCUUGGGUUGAAGCUACACGCAAAAAAGCUCUUCUUAAACUGGAGAAACUCGACACAGAUCUGAAAAAUUACAAAGGGAACUCCAUCAAGGAGAGUAUCAGGAGAGGCCAUGAUGACUUAGGUGAUCAUUAUCUUGACUGUGGGGACCUCAGCAACGCUCUCAAGUGUUACUCACGAGCCCGUGAUUACUGCACCAGUGCUAAACAUGUUAUCAACAUGUGUCUCAAUGUCAUCAAGGUCAGUGUCUACCUCCAGAACUGGUCUCAUGUUCUGAGCUAUGUUAGCAAGGCUGAGUCUACACCAGAAAUUGCAGAACAAAGAGGAGAAAGAGACAGCCAGACACAAGCAAUUCUCACCAAACUGAAAUGUGCAGCAGGCUUGGCUGAACUAGCUGCUCGGAAGUACAAACAGGCAGCAAAGUGCUUCUUGUUGGCAUCAUUUGAUCACUGUGAUUUCCCUGAGCUGUUAUCUCCUAGUAAUGUGGCUGUGUAUGGUGGUCUCUGUGCCCUUGCUACCUUUGACCGUCAGGAACUGCAACGAAAUGUUAUCUCCAGCAGCUCCUUCAAAUUGUUUUUGGAGCUGGAGCCACAGGUUCGUGACAUCAUCUUCAAGUUUUAUGAAUCUAAAUAUGCUUCAUGCCUGAAGAUGCUGGAUGAGAUGAAGGACAACCUGCUGCUGGAUAUGUACCUUGCACCUCAUGUCAGGACGCUUUACACCCAGAUUCGAAAUCGUGCCCUUAUCCAGUACUUUAGCCCCUAUGUGUCGGCAGAUAUGCGCAAGAUGGCCACUGCUUUUAAUACCACAGUGGCUGCUCUGGAAGAUGAACUUACUCAGCUGAUUCUGGAGGGACUGAUCAAUGCCAGAAUAGACUCGCACAGUAAGAUUCUUUAUGCUCGCGAUGUAGAUCAGCGCAGCACAACUUUUGAGAAGUCUUUACUAAUGGGCAAAGAGUUUCAGCGACGUGCCAAAGCUAUGAUCCUGCGAGCUGCAGUCCUGCGCAACCAGAUACAUGUCAAGUCUCCUCCAAGAGAAGGUAGCCAAGGGGAGCUUACUCCAGCUAACAGCCAGUCCAGGAUGAGCACCAACAUGUGAAAAACUUCGUGCACUACCAAAAGAAAUGGUCCCUUCAGGACUGUACCCAGUGUGUCACCCACUAACUGCUGAGCUUCACAAACUGUCCCUGUCUCUCUCACUUCUUGCUCGGAUUGAGAGGUUCAGGGCUGAUGGUGGAUAAUACAGAUAUUCCAGUAACUUCAGUUCUCCUUGAAAAGAAAUUAUUUUUAAAAACACCAUCCCUGCAAUGGGUCAUCAUUUCAGUUUUGGUAGAACAUCUUCCUCCAUUCUCCCUUCUUCCACCACUCCAUAAAGAGUUGUCAGGUUAUUCAUACAGAUGCCAAUUUGGGAGUUUUUCAGCUGCUAUUAGUUUUCUUCUUUCAAAGCUGCAAAAAUAGUUAGAGUUAAGUUGAAUGGACAGGUGUGAUCUAAGAUGAAUUUUGCUGGCCUGAAAGUAUUGCCUUGAUUCGGAGCAAUGCUGAACUUUCUGUUUAUUCCAGAUAAACUUACAACUGCAUUGCUCUCAGUUAUGGAGCUAGAGUUUUGUUGGGAGA